AACGUUGUUGUUCAUUGUUUGGUUUCACUGAAACAUUGACACUGUGUGUGAAGAAGCUGAAGGAAAAAUGUCCAUUCGGCUUCUGAAGCUGGUUCGCUCUCUCUCCACAGCCUCUCACGCUCCUACCCAGAAAGUUCAACGCAUCGCCGAUGAGCUUCUCGCCCUCAACAGGUUCGAAAGGCACGAUUUCACCGUCCUAUGGAAACUCAAGAUGGGUCUCAACCGUUACGGCUCACCGCUCGCCGGGCUCGGCCCUCUGGGCCCGGCAUCCUCCGCAACUGGGCCUGCAGCCGAUGCCGCCGCCGCGCCGGCGGAGAAGACAGCUUUCGAUAUAAAGCUGGAGAAGUACGACGCCGCCGCCAAGAUCAAGAUCAUUAAGGAGGUUAGGGCGUUCACUGAUUUAGGGUUGAAGGAAGCUAAGGAUUUGGUGGAGAAGGUUCCUUGUGUUUUGAAGAAGGGUCUCACCAAGGAUGAGGCUAAUCCCAUUAUUGAGAAACUCAAGACAUUGGGUGCCACUGUUGUUUUAGAGUGAUUUUUCAAUUUCAAUUUCAGUUUCAAUUUUUUUUAGUCUUGUUGUUAGUUGUAGAAUCAUCCAUCACUUGUUUUGAAUUGUUGAAAAUUGGCCAUGGAAUAAUGUCUGCAUGAUAUUGAGAAAAUUUGCUAUAACACAUCACUAAUUUUGACUGUCUUGUAUUCUGUAAACUAAAGAUUUUUGUUAUUAUUGAAUUGGUGAACAGAUGGUAAUAUAUAGGAAUAUUGAUCAA